AUGGCAUGGGAACUAAGCUCAGAGAUCGAGUUGAAGAAGAAGACGGAGGAAUUGAACAAGAGAAUCUCUGAUUUAGAAGAGAGAAUUGCAAAGGGAGAAUCAGAUAAGUUGGAAGCAGAUAAUCGUUAUAGAGAAGAAAAGGAAGCAAGGAAUGCGGCUGAGAAAAUUUGUAAAGAGAAAUCAGCUGAGCUUGAGCGGAUUCAGGGCGAGAAAUCAGCUGCCGAGGGAAAGGCAAAUUCAAACGAGGACUUCUACAAAAGAUCACAGGAGUACAAUAUGAGUUCAAAUCUUGAAGCAGCUGACGAGACUGUUAAAAAGCAAGUAAAGGAUUUAACAGCAGAAGUAGCAAAGUGCAAAGAAUGUAAACAAUUGGAUUCCUUGAUAGAUAAAAUAAAGGCCCUUGAGGAUACUUGUUCUUCUCAAAAGGAGAUAAUAUCCAAACAGGAGGAGCAGUUAGCAACUCACAAGAAGUCUGUGGUAUGUGGAGAAAGGACACAAGUGAAUGAGCAAUCAUCUAGAAGUCAUUUUGUCUUUACUUUGCGUAUUUGUGGGAUACAUGAGGACUAA